AUGGUUGGCAUGGUGAUGGAGGAUGCCUUGCUGGCUAAUGGUGAUAGACUCGUGAGUGAACUGAGCAGAGCAAAGGGUGCAAACAGCAAAUUCCUGUGCAAACAGCAAACAUCCCGGUGCCAGCCUUACACUACCAAAGAUCUAAAUGCGGCCAGUGUCUCACAUGAAGUAUUCUUUGAUGUGGACAUACCCAAAACAGCCUUCAUCACCAACUUCAGCAUAGAGAUUGAGGAAGCGAUAUAUUUCAGUGAGCUGUUAUUUGUUGUUCAAUUUUGGUACUUGUUGUUGUCUGAAAUGGGAAUUGCAUUUUCAACAUGUCCCUUGUUUUUAGGGCCAAGAAGUCUUCCUGAGAUCCUAGAAAGCAUUCAUAAUACCAUUGCUGAGAAGAAUAUUACAUUGUUAUCUUUAGCCUUUGGUGCCAAUGCAGACUAUGUAUUUUUGGACACUUUAAGCAAGCAGAACAAUGGUAUGGCUCGCAGGAUUUACGAAGACUCAGAUGCUCCACUUCAGCUACAGGGGUUUUAUGAAGAAGUGGCAAGUCCUCUCCUCUCAGAGGUGAAUUUUCACUACCCGGACAACACUGUUAACUCAUUGACAAGAAGCCACUUUAAACAACUCUUCAAUGGCUCUGAGAUUAUGGUUACUGUGUCCGCACAAGGGGAAAAUGCUCACAAGUGGGAUACCAUAUUACCUGAUGAAGAGUAUAUCUUUGGGGACUUCACUGAGCGUCUCUGGGCGUAUCUGACCAUCCAGGAGCUCUUGGAUAAGAAAGAAAAGGGCUCACCAGAUGAGAAAGGAAAUGCCACUGCUGAGGCUUUAAACUUUUCGUUGAAGUACAACUUCGUCACACCGCUUACCUCCAUGGUCAUCACUAAACCUGAAAGUAAUGACUCACUCAUUGCGGAUAAGUUAACUGAAGGUCAUGUGCCUAUACCAUCUAGCAAUGCCUACAGGGCCUCAGUAGCAGCACCUACAUAUUUUGUUGAUGGAGAUCCACACUUCAUCAUUGAGUUGCCAGAUCAGAAUGAUGCUCUGUGCUUCAACAUUGAUGACAAACCUGGUACCAUAUUCAACCUGGUUAGAGACCCACUUACAGGUAUUGUGGUCAAUGGCCAAACCAUUGGAGAUAAGAAGGUCAUCCUAGGGAAAAAAGUGAACACCUAUUUUGGCCGAUUUGGAAUCGUUCAUGAGAUGUUUGGUAUAAGAUUAACAGUAAGCACUAAGGAGGUCUCGGUGUCUGAGGCAGGAAAACAGGCAAAAUUCUUCUGGACUGAUACUGCCACCAUCAAAGGGCCUAACAUGGAUCUGAAGGUAAUCAAAGAUCGCAGUUUGACAGUGACCUUGAAGAACUCGGUAAGGUUUCUGAUUAUCCUUCACAAAGUGUGGAAGAAACACCCAUAUCACCAAGACUACCUUGGAUUCUACACCUUGGACAGCCACCUUCUUUCACACAAUGUCCAUGGCCUACUUGGACAGUUCUGUUAUGGGGUUGAGUUUAAGGUGAGUGACCUGUUUCCAGGAGAAGAUCCAGACAAACCAGAUGCCAUCAUGUUUGUGAAGGGACAUGAGCUUGUGGUUACCAGGGGUUGGCAGAGAGAUUUCAGACAGGAUGUGAAGAAUGGAGAAAACGUGCCUUGCUGGUUCAUUCACAAUAACGGCACAGGACUCCUUGAUGGAGUUCACACAGACUACAUUGUUUCUGGUCUCUUCAAGACUAUCUAAGAAUGGGCCUUUGUGGCCAGACGAAAAGAUGAUAAAACAACUUUAAUGAAGCAGAUGAUAAGAUUGAAGAUAAAAAAAUAUAUAUAUAUUUUUUUUGUCUGUUUCAAAGUAACUAAAACUCUUUAAAUAUUAGGUCAUUCAGACAACCUUUAAAUGUAAUUUUAACAAGUGGCCUAACAAGUGGCUUUUUUUCACUUAAAAAAAAUAAAAACUGAAGAAGCAUAUGAA